CCUCUAGUGGCACCGUGGAAGCAGGGUCGUCAGACGCACGCAGAUACACGGCUGCCCGCAUUAUAUCCGAAACCAACACAUAGUAAAGCGUUCGUUAAUUCAAGGCUAUGUAGCAAGAAUCUUUUUGAACAGAUGGACAUUCCUCAGUGACCUCCCUUUUGCCAAUGACGGUGCGCAACCGGACCGGAGCGGGUUUCCUUUCCCUGCAUUCUGAGCAGUUUGCAGAAGUGAAGCGAUCAGGACUAGAGUGACUAAACUACAAGAAGCAUUUCUGAGUCACCGAAGUAUGUUGAAAUUUAUCAACAAUCACAGUGCAAGCUGACGAAGACAAAAUCAUUCGAGGAGAGCCAAACUUCCGCAGGCGCAGAUCUAGUCGUCCACAGUGGCGCAGCGAAGCGCAUGAGUUCGGCUCGGCUUUUCUGCCUGUAGACAGACAGCACCGUGUGCAGGAGGGUAUACAGAGAGACUCCUGCGGGGUAAUUGUUUUCAGCCUGCAGAAGCAGGUGUUUUCGCUGAUCCGCUAGCGAGAGACGGAGGGGGGCUUAUCCUCAUCUUUCUUUCUAAGAUUGGUGAGAAGAAAAAAAGAAAAGAAACCCGAGGAGAAUGUUGCACCAAGAACAAUGAGCGCAGAGUUGUCGCAUUUUACCCAAAUCCACACAUGCUCUGUAGAAUUCAGUUUUCAUGAGCAAUUCUGACUCAUCUUUGGAAUUUCUAGAGAGAAAAAAGUGGAUCCAACGACUUUGCAACCAUGCGAAAUACUUGGCUGUCUCCCCGGAGUGCGAUUUGGGAAUAUUGGACUUCGCUGAUUGCAUUCCUCUUUUGGAUUCAGUACUCUUGCGGGAUGCCUCAUGUUAUACGAAUUGGUGGGAUUUUCGAACAAACAGAUGGACCUGUUUCACUUGUUAGUGCAGAAGAACUUGCCUUUAAAUUUGCUGUGAAUAAUAUAAACAGAAACAGGACUUUGUUGCCAAACACAACACUAACGUACGACAUACAGAGGAUUAAUAUCUACGACAGCUUUGAGGCAUCGAGAAAAGCUUGUGACCAGCUGUCACUAGGUGUGGUUGCAAUAUUUGGGCCUUCACAUAGCUCAUCUUCAAAUGCUGUGCAGUCCAUCUGCAAUGCACUGGAAGUGCCACACAUCCAGGUGCGGUGGAAACAUCACCCAAUGGACAACAGGGACACUUUUUAUGCCAAUUUAUACCCAGAUUACUCAUCAUUAAGCUAUGCCAUUCUGGACCUCGUGCAGUAUCUUAAAUGGAAAACAGCCACUGUUGUAUAUGACGACAGCACAGGUCUAAUAAGGUUACAGGAGCUGAUAAUGGCCCCAUCAAGGUAUAACAUUCGAUUAAAGAUCCGCCAGCUUCCUCUAGAUACGGAGGAUACAAGGCCUCUUCUUAAGGAAAUGAAGAGAAGUCGGGAGUUCCGCAUCAUCUUUGACUGCAGUCACCACAUGGCUGCACAAAUUCUCAAACAGGCCCAGACCAUGGGGAUGAUGACAGAGUAUUACCACUAUAUCUUCACCACUCUGGACCUGAUGGCUAUUGAUCUUGAGCCAUAUCGCUUUUGUGGUGUCAACAUGACUGGCUUUCGCAUCCUCAAUGUGGACAAUCCCCAGGUUGCAUCUAUUGUGGAGAAAUGGUCAAUGGAAAGGCAAAUUCCACCUAAGCCAGAUUCAGGCCUGCUGGAAGGCAUCAUGACGACAGAUGCAGCUCUGACCUAUGAUGCUGUCCACAUUGUGUCCGUCUCAUACCAGCACGCUCCACAGAUGACUGUGAACUCACUGCAGUGCCACCGACAUAAACCCUGGAGAUUCGGAGGCCGCUUCAUGAGUUUCAUCAAAGAGUCUCACUGGGAUGGUUUGACUGGAAGAUUGUCCUUCAACAAGACAACUGGGUUACGUACAGACUUUGACUUGGACAUCGUCAGUCUAAAGGAGGAUGGACUUGAAAAAGUGGGGAAGUGGAGUGUGUCAGGAGGUCUUAACAUCACGGAAGUGCCGAAGCGAAAAGGGAUGAACAUCACUGAUUCUCUGUCUAACCGUUCUCUUGUCAUCACCACCAUUCUGGAGGAGCCAUAUGUCAUGCUUAAGAAGUCUGACAAGGCACUGGUUGGGAACGACCGUUUUGAAGGAUUCUGCAUCGACUUGCUGAAAGAGCUCGCCAAAAUCCUGGGCUUCACGUAUGAGAUCCGCCUGGUGCCUGAUGGAAAAUAUGGCUCACAGGAUGACAAGGGGCAGUGGAAUGGCAUGAUUAGGGAACUUAUAGAACAUAGAGCAGACUUGGCAGUGGCCCCUCUCACCAUUACCUAUGUGCGUGAAAAAGUCAUUGACUUCUCAAAGCCCUUCAUGAGUAUGGGCAUCAGCAUCCUAUAUCGCAGACCCAAUGCCACAAACAACGGCUUCUUCUCCUUCCUAAACCCCAUGACUCCAGACAUCUGGGUGUACAUUCUGCUGGCAUACCUGGGUGUUAGCUGUGUUCUUUUUGUCAUUGCAAGGUUUAGCCCAUAUGAAUGGUACGACGCUCAUCCCUGUAAUCCUGGGUCGGACGUGGUGGAGAACAACUUCACGCUCCUCAACAGCUUCUGGUUUGGAGUUGGUUCCUUAAUGCAACAAGGCUCGGAACUGAUGCCCAAAGCCCUGUCGACCAGGAUAAUAGGUGGAAUCUGGUGGUUCUUCACGCUCAUCAUAAUAUCGUCAUAUACAGCUAAUUUAGCAGCUUUCCUUACCGUGGAGAGGAUGGACUCACCCGUGGAUUCAGCUGAUGACAUUGCCAAGCAGACCAAGAUCGAGUAUGGCGUGGUCAGAGAUGGAGCAACAAUGGGUUUCUUCAAGAAAUCAAAGGUUUCUACAUUUGAGAAGAUGUGGGCUUUCAUGAGCAGCAGGCCGAGAACGUCUCUGGUGAAAUCUGUGGAAGAUGGGGUUCAGAGGGUGCUGAAGUCUGACUAUGCACUCAUUACAGAGUCCACCACGAUUGAUUAUAUCACUAGAAGAAACUGUAACCUGACACAAGUGGGAGGGCUUAUUGACAGCAAAGGCUACGGCAUCGGCACUCCCCUUGGCUCGCCAUACAGGGACAAAAUCAGCAUAGCCAUCCUCAGCAUCUUAGAGGAUGGGCUUCUUCACGUUCUGAAAGAGAAGUGGUGGAGCGGAAGCAGCUGCUUGGAUGAGGAGCGUCGUGAGGCGGGCCCCAUGGGGAUCCAGAACCUGGGUGGUAUAUUCAUUGUGCUGGCAUCUGGUCUGGUGCUGUCUGUCUUUGUGGCAGUUGCUGAAUUUAUCUACAAGCUGAGAAAGACCGCUGAACGUGAACAGGUCUUUGUGCAGCGCCAUGGUGGACGAGAUCAGACUGUCGUUCACCUGCGAGAGACGGGUGAAACACAAGCCUCAGCCCCCGGUCAUGAUGAAGACGGAUGCAGUGAUCAACAUGCACGCCUACAACGACCGACGACUCCCAGGAAAGGACAUGAGCUGCAGCACUGGGAUGACUCCUGUGUUCCCCUGACAAUGUGUUCCCCGCAGGGCAAGAACCUCGUGAGCAGCAUUUCAGGGGCAGUGCUGGAGCCCAGGGACAAUGGCAUAGACGGGAUCACCAGAUACAUCAUUAACAACAGUGACAUGGGAACACUUACAAAACAUGGGCAACUCAAAUUGGCAGCAUCAGCCACACAGGUAUGACAGACACCACUGUAAUCAACACUACAAAAAAUAUGUGGUUGUGGUUGUAAAGGUUGUGCAAGAGGCAGAAAAAACAACCUGACAAAGGAAACGGUACACCCAAAUAUGAAUCAGUUCAAGUCUGAUGUUUACAUAUGUACCACAAGAGAAAACACAAUAUUCAGUGGACCCUGAGUCACUUAAAAGAUUAAAAAUUUUAUGUGAAAACAUGGCCUGGCAAAUGAAAAAAGGCUUUUUGAAAAUGGCAAUAAAUGACUUUGAUACAGUUCCAGAAGGAUAAGGAGUUUUGUUAUAAAUCAUGGUUAUAUAUGAAGUUCUUUUGUUGAGCCUGUUGAUUUUCACAAAACUGAAUGACCUUUGGCAGCAGAAAGAGUUACCUCAAAUAUGUACAGGUUCAGCUGGGCGUCUGUGUCAUUUAGUGUUGGCAACACUGUGACUGGUAGAACCUACAGCAAGAUGUGAAACAGUAAAUUUACAUCUGAUGUAGCUGUGAUGUGUACCUAAAAAUACUAUUAUACAAAAACAACCGCAAUUGCUCAUGCAAAGUGGAUUGUGGACACAUCAGCUGUAUAUUAAAAACAUAAGAUUCUAACUUGGGAUAUUUGACAUGAUUUUUGACUUUUUUUCAAGGUUCAUUUUUCUUUCAAAUUACUUUGUACAUAAUUAGAUUAUUACUAGAUAACAUGUUGAUUGCCAAAGACCUGACCAUUCAGCAGAUUUAUACUCAGAACAUCAAGAGCCAGAGCUCUUUAAUAACCAGGUGUUCAUUUAACAGUGAAUUAGAGGGGCUGAAGUGGGACUUUAAAGGACUCAUUCUCCAGUUUAUUUGCUGUAAGAGGCAUUCAGAUCUAACUAUCUGUGUCUGGUUAUGGCUGGACGUGGCUCACUAUGUGAUUCCAAUUAUAUGAUAACCUGGAAUAAAGAACACUAUGGAAUCAAAUCAUUCAUACAAAAAUCUAAAACUGAAAUGGAUAACAAAAUCUGAACAUUUUAGUAAAAAAAACAGAACAACAACAUAAUUGUACUAAAAUAAUUGUACUAAAUUAUUUUAGUACAAAUAAUUUCAUUUGUACUAAAAUAACACUCCAGUUUUAACAGAAUAAGAUCUAUAGCAUUUCUUGACUACUUUUUUCAUUUUGAUAUGUAGACUAAAGCAAAAAUUAGGAUCAUCACCUGUGAAAUUGAGCAUAAAUGUUUAAGUGUUUUAAUUUACACCACCAAGGCAUAAGAAGAUAAAUACUGACAGGCAAAGACUAGAAAACCGAUUAGAAUUUCAACUUGAUACUCAGUAGCAGAUGAGAUCAAUUUGAAAAGAAGUGAAUAUUUAAUAUAUAUAGUUGCUGCAGAAAAGCAGGAAAAUACGGAAGUGUAUGAAUUUUAGUAAGAAUAUAAGAAGGGCCUAUUUGUGUUGGCUUGACAACUGGAUCAGAGCAUCUACAAAACUGGACCUCUUGGUUGUGGUCUGCAGCGGACAGUUUCAAUUUAAAUUGUCCAAGGAAGAAAAGUGAUGAACUGGGACCACAAUCAGUCAAGGCCUAUUGAUGCACAUGAACAGAAAAAGGUAGCCUGCUUGGUCCAACAGAUGUGUUGUGGCUCAAAAUGUAAUACUACCUAUGAAAGAAAGGUGUCAAGAAUGUCCAGUGCAUCAGGGAUUGUAGAGUAAGAAACUGCAUAGCUGCAGAUAAGUUUGGGUGUCCAUCCAUUUGCUGACCCCUGUCCACUACCUCAGAUAUGGAAAUAGGACAGUGGAAGAUAGUGGAGUGGUUCCCAUGAAGGGUGUUUGUCUUUAUUUAUUUAUAUUUCUUUUAAAUGGAUGGGCCUGUGCCUUGCCUAUCUGGGGAAUACAAGGCACUGCAGGAAAAAGACAAGCCAGCACAGGCUAUGUGAUGCCUUGGGCAAUGUCCUGAUGGUAAACUUUGAGUUCUGGGAUCUAUGAGGUUGUUGCUUUGACAUGUACCAGUUACUCAAGCAUUCUUGCAGACCAUGUACACACUUUCAUAUAAAAUCAUUUCUUUGAUGAUUGUAGGCUCAUUGGAAAUAAUGUUCCAUGCCACAAAACAAAAAAUGGCUCUCCAAUACUUUGAUUUGUCAAAUUGCCCUCCAAAUUUCCCAGAUGUCAGUCAAAUUGAGCAUCUGUGGCAUGUGUAAGACAAACAAGUCUGAUCUAUGGAGGGCCCAUCCAAAAGUUACAGGACUUAAAUGACCUGUUGUGAACAUCUUGGAGCCAGAUACCACAGCAGACCUUCAGGGGUCUAGUGGAGUCCAUUAUUCGGCUAGUCAUGGAUGUUUUGUUGGCAAAAGCAAGACCAACCCACUAUUUAUGGCACUAAUGCCAUGCUUUAUUGUGUGUAUACAAUACCUGUUUUCUAUAUUCUACUCUUUUAGCAGAAAACAAAUAUCACACUGACAUUAGCUAGUGGUCUACCUGGGCUAUUUGCUGUUGUUGGUAGUUGACUACUGAACACCCUGCUAGAAGCUAGUUAUCCUAACAGGAGGGAUCAUUGGCACUCCUUCAAUUUUCUUGAAAUAGCUUGUUUUACCCAGUCAACAACAUUUACAGCUUUAUUGUAAGAAAUGAAAAAUUACUGGAGUCAUCUUUUGGCGGUGUCCAGAAACAGGUUGGGGAGGAGUGGUGUUCCAUUAAAUAGACCAAUAAAAAUGCUUGUUAUUCCAGAACUGUCUGCACAUUAAAUGGUAAGGUACAUUGACAAAUUUGAGUACUUCUUGCCAGUCUUCUCAGAAAGUGAAACUCAUGUCAUAUAGAAUCAUCACAUAAGUAAUGCUAUAUUCCAAGCCUUUGUUUCUUGUAAUUUUGAUGACUAUGGUUUAUAGAUAAUUUUAAAAAAGCAACUCAAAAUCCACUGCCUCAGAAACUUUUAUAUUGUGAAAAAUACCAUUAUUAAAUUCCUGGUGUCCCAUGUUAAUAAGCUAAUUAACUCAAAGAACUUGCACAGGUUCCCUGUUCUUUUAAAUAGUCUUAACCCUCUGGAGUCCAUGGACACGUAUACAGUAUUUUUUACAUGUCUGCUUUGCGUCGACGCAGCAGCAAGACUCCACCUCCCCCAUUCUCACUUUCAACUUGUGCUUAAAGUAGCCUAUACAUUUUAAGCUACACACCAGUUUUUAAAUUGUGUUAAUAGGCCAAGUAAAAACGGAGUUAUGCUAAAAUAAGUAAACCAUAUUUUUCGGAAUGUCAGAAAUGUUAAAAACGGGCUUUUCUAGGAACGUGACAGGAAAUGAGCUUCAAACGCAAAAAACGAAACGCAACAUUAGAUUCCUUUGUUAUUGGAAAUCGCACAUCUUCAACAAAUAAUUAUGGGCUGUAUCUUGUUGCUAAGAAACGAAGUAAAGUUGCUCAAGUUACGGUGAAGAGAAGCGGAAACGGAGUAGCGGCGUAGGCAGUGAGAUCGCAAAAUUGAUGCAAAGAUAUCGGGGCGAUCGGUGGCAUCCCUAACUAAUUUCUUUUUAGCUUAGUGGUUUCUGUUCUGUAUACAAAGGAUUAUGUGAAGAAUGAACGCGCUGCAGCAGCGUUCUGUUUUGUGCCGGAAGACGAAGAGGGGAAACCCGAAGCCGCAAUCUGAGCGCAGUGAGGAUUGACAUGAUGAUGAUGGCAGAUCGAUCGUUCUUAUUAGCAACUGACAGAGUAUCAGAGACUGAGAGUAUGAUGAGAUUCUGGCAGUCUGAGAGGCAGAUACUCAGAGAUCCAAGCAGGGGAAUGGCGGCACUGCGCAGCUGCGAGGAGUCGAUCACUACGGGGUGAUGCAGAGCCGCUCCCCCAGCAGCUAGUAGUAAACAGCUUACACCCACGGCUAUCUCCGGGAGCCAAGGUUUUUCCUAUAUUCCAAAAGACCUUUUUUACCUUGUUCCCCCAAACAAUUAUACAUUUUUUGUCAUCUUGUUUUGACUUAUGAUGUUUUUUCAAAAAAUUGCCUACAAACGAAUGAAGAAUUGCCUUCAUUUUCAUGCUAAUAAUGUUGUAAAACUGUGUUGUUUGCAAUAUUUUUACAUCAGUUUAAGAAAUUUACAGUAUAUAUUGUAAUUCUAAAUCAUAAAAAACAUUUUUUGUGAAUAUUCGACAUUUUCACAGUGAAUUAUUUUUUUUUUUUUCAAAUCGGAUUUAGUUUUUCUGUAACUCAAGGUCCAAAAUGCAGCCACAGUAUGUCCAAAAGUAAAAACUAAAUGUAAAUUCAUAAAGUUCAGCUUGUCCUGAAAAAAAAUGAUACCACAUGAGGCAAUAUUAUAAAUGAUAUUUUGGUCUCUUUUAGGGUAAAAUCAAAAUUGGUCAAAAACGACCUUAUGUACCGGGAUCCCAGAGGGUUAAUCUAUAAAAUAACUAUUUUUCUGAGAUGACUGGCAAGAAAUAUUGCACUUUUACACAAUAUUAGAUUUAUUUUAGAUCUAGCUAUCAUAUUAUGGAUUAAUGGGAUGACAUUACUGUAACUUGAUUAUUAAGAUUCAGUAUUCCUUGUUCCUAGUAAAUUAUCCAUACCUAGUCCAGUCAUUGCAGCUUUUUCAUGUAAGCCUUUACAUUUUGUUGAACCAUUGUCCUUUAAUGCUGUUGUCCUCCCAUGUUUUUUUAUGAAUUGACAAGUCUCCACAUAAAUUAAGUUAUAUAAAUUAAUCUGUGAUAGGUUCUCUCUGUUCUUGAAUAGCAUUUUUCUUCAUAAAAUUGUGCUUUUGGAACAGAUACAAUUUACUUUCAGUUUACUGACUUUUAUAUCAGUGGGUAUAAUAUUCUACAAGGUUCAGUGUAUAGACAAGAGCCACAACUUCAGUGCUCCCCUUUCCAAACUGUUCCAAACAGAACAAGACUUUUAUUGGCUUCAUUUUUGUCGUUACUCCAGUCUUCACCAAGUACUAUGUUAUUUUUUUUUAGAAAGAUGAGUUCUGUUUUAUAUGAAUCAUUUUUGUGGGCAACUUCAAAAUUCGUAUUAAAAUCCUUGAUAGACUCACUGACCAAUCUCCUCCAGCAGAAACACUCCUCCCACAGUGUUUCAUAGCAUGAUGUCUCCUUAAGCAAGACUUGUGUUGACUUUGACAGUUUCCCUUUGGAUGACUUUGCAACCAUUUUGUAGUUGCUAGUGCCACUGCUUUAUCCUAUGUUGGAUUGAUUCUGAAUUGCUUUGAACCAAUUAAACAUUCAAGAAGUGUAGAUGCUUAUUGCAAACCAAUUACAUCAGAAAAAUUAUGUCUAGCUAGCAAAAUACAUUUGGUUACUCCAACUUCUGUUACCUUCUUGGAAAUAGCACCAAUUAUCAAUUCUACAGCAACAGCUCUGGGUAUAAGGUGGAUAUUUUAAGGGCGUAAAUAACUGGUUUUUACUGAAAGUUAAGUGCAUUUAAUCAGGCUAUAUUCAUUAAAUUCUCAACUACUCUUUGGUUGAUUGUGACCACAGAGUGCCUGGAUGCCACAUUUUUCAAACACAUAUUCAAAGUCUUUCCAUGUCAGGUGUAAUUUAAAAGAAUUUUGAAAAUAAGUUAGAAUUAUUUUAUUUUUGAAAAAUUAAAAAAAAGCAUAAAAAAGGCUUGGGUUUAAAAGAAAAAUGAACCACUUUUGAAGGGGAUCUCAGAAUAGAUGAUUGGUCGGCUUACUUACCUGGUCUGGACUUGUACUGAAAGACUGUAUGGUAAUUUGAGAAAGAAUAGUCAAUUAUUCUUGUGUUUGUUUUGACUGUAAUGCCUAUAAAUGUUUUUAUCUCCAGCAAAAUCCCCCAGAAUACGGAUCAGAGGAGUCUGUAAGUUGCCAUUAUGCUGAAGCAGAGAGAACAUUGAACCUCUGUGAGGUUUACAUUGUCUAUACACAGUGACAAAUGAGAGAAAAUAUCUAUCUAUGAUUCAAGGAAACUUUAAUCUGUAAAAUUUAGCAUUGGUUUGGUAGAGACUCGCUGUAUAAUUGUUUAUCGAUUCUCUUCUGCUAAGUAGAGUAUGUAGAUAAGAUUGGCAGGAGAAGAUGUAUUUUACUAAAUUUAUACAGUUAUAUAUUCAUUCUGUUCACAAAUAUGUUCUAGAUGCUAUUUAUUUCAUCAGGCCACUUUACCCUUCCUCCCCACUUUAAGCCGAAUCCACUUCCCCCAAACCCUGUUUAUUUCAUAGAAAUACGUUUGAAAAUGAUAUAUUGGAUUCUUUUCUAGAUGAGAAAAUGUAUGUAAAUUGUCUUUUAUGAUGGCUAAUAUAUUUCUAUAUGGUAAAAAUAAAGUGGAGAGAUUGAGCUUCCCUAAGAGUUCAAGGGAUAUUCCCUCAGAGUAGGCGUUUUUUGUGUCAGUGGACCUUUAUUUUUCACAAAUUCCCCUUUACAACCUGGUCUAAGGUAUAAUUGCUGCUGAUCUACAGUUAUACUAUUGUAACGUCACACUGAUGUGUACUGGAACUUUUCUUGGAGGUGAUUAAAAGACUUUUGAGACUCAUUGUACAACAUGUCUUUAAUGUGUGGCAACAACAAUACCGGAAUGAAAUUCUGUUAAUUCUAACAUGGCUGGUUCAGUCCAUUUAGUUACUGAAUAUGAACAUCUUUUUUAAAAAUAAAUAAUGUGAAUAAUGUCAUUUUACACAAAACUGUAAGAAAUGUGAGAGAAAAGUUACAGAAAAUGUAAUCUACAUAAACCUGUUCUAUUACCUGUAUGUGAUAAAUGUUUUUAUUUUCAUCCUUUUUUCAUUUUUACCUUUUUAAGCCCUAACGCUUCUAUCAUCUGGCAAAAUACCCUCCCAAAUAUAUGAGAAAUAUGUUGGUGCCAACCAGGGUUUUCUUUGUGAACAUACAGACUUUCUAUGAAUAUAGUUUUUGUAAGAUUUUGCUAAGAAAAUAUGAAAAAAUUAUUGAAAAAGUGGGACAGGUGUAUUUGUUUUCAUUGUAACUGUAUGUGUAAAAAGAGCAUCUCAAUAAUACACUGGAGGGUAUCAGCAAACUACUAUAGAAAACUUACUGAACUAUUCUUUUUAACACACUGUGAAUAAUUUAAUUGUACAGUUUGCUGUAUGGGUUAAAUGAAGUUUUAAAUAAAAAAAAUACAACCUA